CAACAUGUCAAACGCUCAAAAGAACAUUGUCAUUGUUGGUGGUUCUUAUGGUGGCAAUACUGUUGCUACGUUACUGAUGAAGAUGUGUGCUGCCAACGGCAUUAGCAUCACUCUUAUUGACAAGUAUGAAAAACGGUUCAACAUUGUUGGCACCCCUCGUGGGUUGGUGGAUGCCUCAUUUGGCCCUAAGCAGUUUUUUGGCUGGGAGGGAUUCUUUAGUAAGCCUGAGAUGGGCAGGUUUGUUCAUGGCCUAGUGGUGUCGGUUCUGCCCACCGAAGUUAUUCUUGAAUCUGGUGAGCAUAUUUCAUACGACUAUCUAGUAUAUGCUGCAGGGAGUUCAUAUGGGAGUGUCGGGACCGCUCUAUCUUUGUCAAUUGCCGAGCAUCAAAGCUAUCUCAAACAAGUGUCCGAUCAGGUAUCCAAGGCCAACCAGAUCCACAUUAUUGGAGGUGGUGCAUACGGUGUUGAGCUUGCAGCCGAAAUCCGAUACAUGUACAAGACCAAGAAGGUCGUUUUGAUUCAUUCACAAAGCCAGCUUGCAUUUGGAGAUACUUCUGCUAAUCUUCAUGUUCGUGCUUUAAAAAAGCUUACUGAUCUUGGUGUUAAUGUUGUUCUUGAAGAGAAAGUAACCAGCGAGUCAGCAGAGACCAUGCAGGCAGGGAUCAAAACAGGCACACACACACUAACCACUCAAAACAACAAGACCUUCGAGUCUGAUCUAACCAUUUUCACCAUUGGGUUUGGAACACCCAACUCGGGUGCCAUGUCUACACUUCCUGCAACAUCCGUAGAUAAGCCACAUCUCAACAGUCGUGGAUUGGUUCUUGUCAAGAAGACCUUGCAGUUGAUGGACGAUCAGUAUCCAUGUAUUUUUGCAUUAGGAAACGUAGCUGCUACUGGUGCACCUCUAACUGCAAUUUCGGUCAAACAGCAGGCCAGUGUCGUAGCGGAUAACAUUAGUCUGCUGAUUGCAUCUAAACCGCUUAAAGAGUUUAAUCCAGCCAAGCAAAACAUGAUUGUUGUUACAAUAGGACCUAAAGAUGCUGUUGCAGAAAUUCCAUACAUGUUUAAUUUCCUGGCAGAUAUAGCUGGCACAAAGAUGAAGUCGUCCUACAUGUUCAACGACAUGGUUGCCAAGGAGAAUCGUGCACCAUUUGUAGCCUAGUUUAGCCAUUUUAACUAAAUACACAGGCUAAGAAGUCGCUGUGAUAAGCUGUUCUUGAUCAAAGUACGCUUCCUGAUUUAUCGCUCUUGCCGAGUAAGACUAACAGGGAAUCUGAAGUAAAUUACAGCCAUGUUCAAAAUGAAUCGUUUUUGAAUUUA